UCAACUCAACCAAUGUCCUAAAGAAAUUGAAUUAGAAUUGAGAUUCCAUUUUGCAUACACCCCUUAUCGCUAUUCCUUCUUUCUUAGAGACACUCCACUAUGCUUUCUAGGGUUACUGCAACUGCAACACCAAUGGAGCAAGACGGUGUCGUUUCGAAGCCUGUGGCGGUGAUUGCGUGCAUAGCAAUGGCCUUGCUCUACGUCGCCAUCCUCUACACUCCCACACUGCUCCUUCGUCUCCCACCUCCUUCUUCUUUCAAUACCUUCAUGAUUCGACGCUUCCUAUGCGCCCUCCUUUCCUCCACUCUCUCCCUCUUCCUCACUAUUCUCAUUCUCCCCGUGCAUAAUAAGGAACUGCGCCACAUUUUUGGUGUUUUUGGCAUUAGAAGUGACCAUAUUUGGCAAGCUGUGGUCCUUCCUCUUUGCUUGACCUCUUUGAUGUAUGCUGGGUCUUUGUUCCUCAAGUGUCUCUUGUUGCUGGCUUCUUUGAGGCAGUACACAAGUUCUGGAGGUGCCCUUUCCUUUGAUUACUGCAAAUGUGCCUUGCAGAGGUUUAUUGACUGGUUAUCUGUGAUUUCAUCAAAUGUUUUGGUGUGGCGAAACUAUGUUGUGGCACCCUUUACUGAGGAGUUGGUGUUUAGGGCGUGCAUGAUACCUUUGCUUCUCUGUGGAGGAUUUAAAACAUACAGUAUUAUUCUUCUCUGCCCUAUUUUCUUCAGCUUGGCACAUUUAAAUCAUUUCAUGGAGAUUUACACCAAGCAAAACUACAGAAUAAUGAAGGCUGUUAUGGCCAUAGGUCUCCAGCUUGGCUACACUGUUAUCUUUGGAUCAUAUGCAUCUUUUCUUUUCCUUCGAACGGGAAAUCUUAUAGCUCCACUAGUUGCACACAUAUAUUGUAAUUUUAUGGGACUACCUGUAUUGUAUUCGCAGAGAAGUGGGAUUGUAAGUAUUGCAUUCAUAAUGGGAUUCCUGGGCUUCUUGUGGAUUCUUUUUCCAUUGACGGGCCCAGAAUUGUAUAAUGAUAGAAUAGAAAAUUGCAGUUGUUGGCAUGGGUGCUGCACAUGGAGAGAAAAAAUAAGAAUGUCACAGAUGUAA